AUGGCGAAGGACCAGGACCUCAACCCCGCCAACACCUCGGCCUAUGUCCAGGUGCUGGGCGUGGGCGCUGAUGCCCCCUCCUCCUCCCCCUCUGUCCUCCUCUUCUUUGACCGCCAGCGCUACCUGUUCAACAUGGGGGAGGGCUUCCAGCGCUACUGUGUGGAGCACCGGAUCAAGCUGGCACGCAUGUCCGCCCUGCUCCUCACCCGCGUGUCGGCGGCCACAGCCGGCGGCCUGCCCGGUUCCCUGCUCACCAUGGCCGACUCGUCCGCCGGCGGGCUGCUGGCCGGCCAGGCCAGCAUGGCGCUCCAUGGGCCGCCGGGGCUGUCUGCCCUGCUGAACGCCUACCGCACCUUUGUGAACCUGAAGGACGUGGGGCUGGGCAUGCAGGAGCUGCAGCACGCCCAGCCCGCCGUCGCCAACGAGCUGGUGACCAUCACCCCCUUCCUGCUCACUGCUGGCGAGGCUGAGGGGGCGGCUGCUGCGGGCGGCGAGGUGUCCGCGCUGGGUGCAGGAAGAGAGGGUCCAACGUCGACUUCCGAUGCUGAAGUGACGGCAGGGAGCACAAGGGAGGCCGCUGGCAAGGACGGCGAGGAGCGGGCCGCCAAGCGGCUCAAGCCCGGCGAGCCAGGACCAGGGGCGGUGGCCUGCUAUGCGGCCGAGCUCCCAGACAUCCCGGGCAAGUUCCAGCCCCAGAAGGCGGCGGCGCUGGGUGUGCCUCGCGGCCCCACCUACGGCCGCCUGGUGCGGGGGGAGAGCGUGCUGUCCACAAACGGAUCCACCAUCACCCCCGCCGACGUCAUGGAUCCCGCCACCCCCGGCCCGGUGGUGCUCGUCGUCGACUGCCCAUCGGCGGCGUACCUGCCCGCGCUCGCGGCCUCCGAGGACCUCCAGACCUUUGCACAGGGCGGCAACAAGGCCAGCAAGGUGGCGUGCAUAGUGCACCUCACCCCCGCUGGCGUGCUCGCGCUGCCAGAGUACCAGGCGUGGGCAGCGCGAUUUGACCCCGGUGCAUCACACAUCCUGGCCUCCGCCGCCGGCAAGGCCGGGCAGCCGGUGAUGAGGGCGGCUGCGGGUGUCCAGGCCAAGCUCAACGCCCUGGACGCCACCGUCUUCCCCCUCCAGCAGUCGCUGCUGCCCUCCGAUGGAGCAGGCAGCGAGCGGGCCAUCCCCCUGCCAGGCAUGUCAUCCCACUGCGGCGUCGCGGGCGACAACCUGCUGCGUUUCAACCUGCGCCCCGUGGCCAAGCGCGGCCUGGACUCAUCCGAGGUGCCGGAGGCGCUGAGCGCCGAGGCGGUGACCUUCCUGGGCACGGGCGCGGCGGUGCCCAGCAAGUACCGCAACGUGACGGGGACGCUGGUGGACUGCUUCGAGGCCGGGGCGCUGCUGGUGGACUGUGGGGAGGGCACGCUGGGCCAGCUGGAGCGGUCGGAGCGGUCGGCGGGGACGGCAGCCCUGCUUCGCCGCCUGCGCGGAGUCUGGAUCUCCCACAUCCACGCCGACCACCACGUCGGCCUGGCCUCGGCGGCGCCCUGCGCCUGGGUGGACGUGGCCUGCUCCGUCCCGGGGGCAGCCGACGUGCCGGAGGCCUCGGCCGCGGCGCUGGCGCGCCUCGCCGCCGACCUGGGCCUCGCGCGCCUCGUCAGCUUCCGCGUGGAGCACUGCGCGCACGCCUACGGCCUGGCGCUGGAGGCCGCGGCCGGCUGGAAGCUGGUCUUCUCGGGCGACACCCGGCCCUGCGAGGCGGUGCGGGAUGCCGCCCGGGGGGCAACCCUGCUGGUGCACGAAGCAACCUUCGAGGACGAGCUGGCGGAAGAGGCGCUGGCCAAGAACCACUGCACCACCAGCGAGGCGGUGGACACCGCGGCGGCGGCGGGGGCCUACCGCACCGUGCUCACCCACUUCUCGCAGCGCUACCCCAAGAUCCCGGUCAUCGACGCAAACUUCCAGGGAUCGGUGGGCAUCGCCUUCGAUCUCAUGCGCAUCAACCUGGUGGACCUGCCCCGGCUGCCGAGCCUGGUGCCGAAGCUGAAACUCCUCUUUGCGGAGCCGGAGGACGCCGGGGUGGGCGACGACUGA